UUUUUUUCUUCGAACAUUAUACUGGGGAUGGGCGAAUUUGAGACGAAGACAGACAGACGGAACGGACAGAACAAACAGCAGGCGAACAUAUCGAGGUCCGAUUGCAGCAGCACCGGGGCCAGUUGCCAUAACUGCGCAAAUCACCGCCGCCAUGGCCGGCAAGGGAAUGAAGGGCCUCAGCGACGCCCUGAGAGGACUUGGCCUUGUUGCCCAGCCAUGCAGGACACUGCCUGUCCGGCAAUUACCCUUGACAUGUAGGCGAUCAAUGGCGACUGAAGCACCACUUCCAAAUAUCACACGAUCAGUCUCCGAUUCCUGGAAUCCCGUAACAUCUGUUCCUCUCACCAUCUACUCGUUCCCCACCCUCGAACCGCGCUCGCUCGAGUCAUGGUCAACCAAGCACCUCCACCUCCCGCUGCGCCGCGACAUCCUCCACCUGGCCGUGGUCUACGAGGGCGACAAGACGCGGCAGGGCACGGCCUCAUCCAAGACACGCUGGGAAGUUCACGGCUCACACCGCAAGAUACGGCCGCAAAAGGGCUCAGGCCGCGCGCGUCUGGGCACGAAGCAAUCGCCAAUGCUCAAGGGCGGUGGCAAGGUUUUUGGCCCCAAGCCGCGCGACUUUAGUACCAGGCUCAACCGCAAAGUGUACGACCUGGCGUGGCGCACGGCACUGUCGUACCGGUACCGCCGCGGCGAGCUGAUCGUGACCGAGGACGGGCUAGAGCUGCCGCUGCCCGACGAGUUCCUCCAGCUGGCCGAGAGCGGCGUGCUGGGCCGCGAGCUCGAGGACGGCUUCGUCCGCAAGUACGUCGGUGAGCUGAUGACGGCGCUUCAGUGGGACAAGGCACACGGCCGGACCACCUUCAUCACCGGCGACAGGCGGCCCAACCUGUUUACGGGCCUGGAGAUUGCCGGGGAGAACGGCAGAGCGCUGGAACUGGAGGACGUGGAUGUCAAGGACCUGUUGGAGACGGGGAGGAUCGUCAUCGAGCGGAGUGCGCUGCGCGAGAUGAUCAAGACUCAUCAGAGUGACCUUGUUACAAAAAUCGGAUUACGGGGCACCAAGUCAGGGCCCCCGUUGGGGCAGACGCUGGUCCGGUAGAGAGGGAACUAGAUGGGCGUAUUUGUAUGUACUAUAUCUUCCCGAGUGCCAGUUGGCGGCCAUGGGCGCCACCGUGCAGUUGCUGUAACAUGUAAACUUUCUAUCUUCAGCCAGUCCUUUUCUGCCGU